AUGGCAUCUGCAGUGGCAAACAUACACGCCGCCAGCAAUUCUCGCUUCAACGCCGAAGCACUCGCUUGGGAUUCGCGACCAUUUGUUCAUGAAGCAUCCUUGGCCGCAUCACAAGCAAUCACCUCAAGACUUCAGACCUUGAAUCUUCCCAAAGACGGUGCUCAAGUUCUCGAAAUCGGCUGUGGAACCGGAAUCCUCAGCCUUCUCUUGUCCACACAUCCCAAUGUAGCCCGCAUAGUAGCAGUAGAUGCCGCGGAGGGCAUGAUUGAUGUACUGAAAACGAAACUCAAGGACAACAAUAUCUCCAAUAGCAAGAUCCUGCCGCUGGCCUUGAUGCUCGAAGAUCCUGAAGAUUCAUCGCUCCCCUCAGAUUGCCGAGGCGGUGGUGGCAAACAGAAAUUCGAUCUCAUCACAAGUCAUCUCGUUCUGCAUCAUAUCCCGGACUUGCGUUCGGUCUUGCAAACGAUGUUUGAAUGUCUUGCUCCUGGAGGCUGCAUCAUGCUUACGGACUUUGAGGACUUUGGACCUGAAGCCAAACGUUUCCAUCCUGCGAGCAAGAUGGAUGGUGUAGCUAGACAUGGUAUCAAUGCUAUAGAUAUGACCGAAUUGCUGCAGGUAAUUGGCUUUCAAGACGUUCUUGUUGAAGCGGCCUGGACUAUGGAUAAGACAGUGGAGAAGUUUGAGGGGGAAUAUGGUGAUACGGGCAAGGCGGAAGGUGGUAUGGGUGAGAAUAUGAAAUUCCCAUUUGUGCUAUGCUAUGGCAUCAAACAAUGA